AUGUAUGUACACAACCAAACAAGGAUUGGAGAAAUCUUUCUUGUAGGAUUUAAGAACAGCCACAAUCUAAAGAACGUGCUUUUCACUUUCUUUCUUUUCAUUUACAUUGCAACUUUGACAGGGAAUUUUGUGAUUAUUGUAUUGGUGGCGAUUACCAGACGACUUCACACUCCAAUGUAUUUCUUCCUCAGCUUCCUGUCUUCCUCUGAAAUUAUGACUACCACCAAUAUUGUCCCCAGAAUGCUCUCUGUAAUUAUGAAAGAUGGUGAAGUUAUUUCAUUGACUGCAUGCAUGUCUCAAUUUUAUUUCUUCUCAGCAUCAACAAAUUCAGAAUGCUUUCUCCUUAGUGUCAUGUCCUAUGACCGCUAUUUGGCCAUUUGCCACCCCUUGAGAUAUAUCUCCAUCAUGGACUUCAAUCUCAAACUGAACCUAGUUUUUUGGUCCUGGCUGAUAGGGUUCACAGUUACCAUCAUUAUUACUAAUCUGGUCUGUAACCUGCACUUCUGUGGACCCAAUAUCAUAGACCAUUUCUUCUGUGAUCUGGCUCCCAUACUACAACUCUCCUGUUCUGAAACUUCCAUGGUGGAAGCUCAGGCAGUUAUAUUUUCUGUUCCUGUCAUUCUCCUUCCAUUUAUUUUUAUUAUUGCAACUUACAUCUUCAUAUCUUUUUCCAUCAUAAGAAUAUCAUCAUCUGCCGAGAGACAGAAAGCCUUCUCCACCUGCAGCUCACAUCUGGCUAUAGUUUGCACAUAUUAUGGGACCCUGAUUAGUGUUUAUUUAUUCCCAUUGAAAGGGCAUUCCCCCAAUUUAAGCAAAAUCCUUUCUUUAUUAUACAUUAUAGUUACCCCAUUGCUUAACCCAAUCAUAUAUAGCCUGAGGAACCAGGAGAUCCAGGCAGCUUUAAAGAAAUAUACAAUUAAGAGUUAUAAGUAA